GCUCUACUGUCUACGAUGCAUCGAAUAGCAAACAUCGAUUCUUACGAUGCAUCGAUAUUUUUUCUGCAUGUCUAAUUAAAGUUAAAAUAAAUCCGGUUAAAAUGGACUCUAGUUUCAAUAAAUCUUUUCACAAAUUACAAAAAGAGCUCGAGGAAGAGAAAUGCAAUUUAGAUGUGCUUAAUGAUAGCAUUCGAAGGAUUGUUGGUCGCCACAGAGAUCCGGGGUAUUGGCUGAUUAAAGCAUAUACAUACAUAUACGCUGCUGGACCGAAGUAUGGAAGUGGACUAAAACAUAAGAAAAUUCAAGAUGACAAAUCUGUAUUCAAGCGUUUGUCGAUUUACGACGAAGAAUUGAAACCACGCUUAAGUUCUCGGGUUAUACGUGAGUUGCCGACUCGUGAGGAAGUACUGGAAGCGCAAGGAACUGAUUUGGAGUCUAGAGCGAGAAAUCGCAGAAUGUUUGGGUCUUUAUUGGGCACUUUGCACAAGUUUUGCCUAGAGGAAUCAAGAUUAAAAAUAAAAGAAGACAAAAAAGCGCAAAUUGAGAAAAAAUUAGAAGAACAACAACUUCUUGAGCGGGAAACAAUAAAAAAAGAGCGUGAUUUCCUUUUGACGGACCGAAAAAAAAAGCAGACAAAAAUUAGAAUUUUAGAAUCAAAUUUAAAUCGUUUAAAAGAUUUUGCCACGUUUGAGAGAUCAGUAACUAACAUUCGAUACUGUAUUAGAACAAAGACGAAGCCUUUCAUUUAUUAUAGGCCGUACAAACUUUGCAAGAAAACAGAGAGACUUAUCAGCGACACUCGGGGUUUUUUGGACUCAGAAUUGAGAGACCAGAAAGAGCAGCUUAACUUUGAAUUGAAAGAAAUGGAACGUGAGGAUCUAAAUGAUAUCGAUACUCGGGAAAAACACAUGAAAUUGGAAUUUAAACCAAGUAACACGUCAUAUAAAAUUCAAGGAGAAGUGGAGUUUAAAGAAAAUAAGUCAAGGAACUUGAAUGAGCCCGCGUUAAGCAGCAGUAUAAUUGUAGUAAAAAAAAUGGAAUAGCUUGACAUUUUUACAUAGGAGACAUAAAUUUACAUAUAUUUAUUAUGGAACAAGUAAACAAUAUGAACAAUGAACAAAUACAAAAUAAGGUGGCUACUAACAGUCGUUUAUCUA